UCCCGCCCGUCAACGUCACUAUGCGCAGCUUUCCCCAGAUUCGUCCAUCCCUCCCGCCUUUCUAAGCCUCAUCAAACGUUACAGUUGCCAAUCGGCCUCGACGCUCCUCAACACUUCCCAGAUACCGCCUUGCGUGGUUUUCCUGCUCUCGUGGCUUCGGGGUCCCCAAGCCAUGGUCUGAUCGAGCACACCGACAACAGAGCUUGGGACCGCCGCGUACUACCAUGCGUUCGCGCCGAUGAGCACUACCAGUUUCGCCCAAGCCCAGCAGCGCCUGGCUGCCCGACGGCGGGCUCGUGAGCAGGAGGCUCAGGCCCGACUCGUCGCGAGCCGGCAAGCGUCGCGUGUCUGGUCCGAGGUCGCACGCCUGCCCUUUCCCUUCAACCGCGUCGGCGCCGCGUCGCUGUCGGCGUGGGACGCGAUCUCGACGCGUGAGGGCACCCGACCCGCCUUUCGAGUCGGCCAGGUCGAUGCCGAGCUCCUGGACGAGGACCUCGUGACGCAACUACGCGACCAGGUCGGCGAGGCGCUCAAGUACUUCGGCGCGAAUAUAAAGGACGACUGGUCCGCCGAGAUUCUCCUCGCCCUCCGGCUGGUGCUCUUCAAGCUUUCGGUGUGGGACCACGACGCGACCUACGGCGCCGCCCUGCAGAACCUCAGAUACACCGAUGCGAGACGCGACGGGCCCGUCUUGGUGCCGCCGAGCAAGUGGCAGAAGAGCCUCUAUGGCCUGAUAACCGUCGGAGGCAAAUACGGGUGGACGAAGUGGGAGAAUUGGCUGCUAGACCAGGACAACGGAUACGACCAACCCUCGCCAACGGUUCAUCGGCUCUCGAAGUUCACGUCGCAGCUCACCACCCUCCACUCGGUAGCCGCGUUCGCAUCCUUCCUCGCCUUCCUUCUGCACGGGAGGUAUCGCACCAUAUUGGAUAGGGUGUUAAAGAUGCGUCUUGCCCCACCCACGAGUCAGGUUAGCCGGGAGGUGUCGUUCGAGUACCUCAACCGCCAGCUGGUGUGGCACGCCUUCACGGAGUUUUUGCUGUUCGUGCUGCCGCUCGUGGGCAUCAACCGAUGGCGGAGAUGGCUCAGCCGUACCUGGAAGAAGACGAAGGAAAUCAUCCACGUCGGCGCGGAGGGCGACGGCGCCGGCAAGCAGGGCGACUACGCGUUUCUGCCCGAACGCACUUGCGCCAUCUGCUACCAAGACCAGAACUCGGCGAUGUCCGAAACCGAGGUCCUCGCCGCGGCCACUUCGAGCGGCGUCAUCGGAUCGGCGCAGACGGACAUUACAAAUCCGUAUGAGACGAUCCCCUGCGGGUGCAUAUACUGUUUCGUAUGCCUGGCGACUAGGCUCGAGCGCGAGGAAGGCGAGGGCUGGACCUGUCUAAGAUGUGGCGAGUUGGUGAAGGAGUGCAAACCGUGGAGCGGAGACGUGUUGGAGGAGCAGUCCAAGUCGCCGUCGGCAACUACGAAACACGUCGGCUUCGUUGACGAAACCCCCGUCGCCAACCGCCCCGGGCAGGGUGAAGACGCGGAUCGCCAGUUGAAGAACGCAGAGGUCCGGUACCGGCAGCCCUCAACGGCCGCGUCCGACACCCCUGACGAUGAGGAUUCCGAGAUCUACGAGGAAGAAGAGGCCGGCGUGGGGGAAGAUUUCAACGAAUAACUGCCGAACAUGGAUGCAUCUUAGAGACUGCAGCGCCCGGAUGAUCCUGCUAAGCCGGAGGAGGCUAGAGAUCUUCGGCUUCUAGCACGACGC